CCCCGGUUACCCCUCUUUUGGCGCCAAUGAUGUUUCACGUUAACGUCAAUCGAACAUACUUCACCAGGAUACGCUCUAAUUUCCGCCUGCUAUGCGUAACACAAUCAAACAAACAGCAAACGCCCACAAUUCUUGGCAGCUGCCUUGUGACUUUCACGUCCACCCUUAAAAGCCACUAUAGGAUUAGCCAUUCUAACGAGCCCUCGCAGAAUAUAUCUAACCUUAACCCGGUAUUCCAUCUGUGGCCCUUGACGACUCAUCUUCGGCUGAAACGACCCCUUCAUCAAUUCAUGAAUCACUUCAAUGAAGGCACCGGCAGUACGGAAACGACGAUGCAGAGACUCAACGUUACUCAUUCUGAAUCUGGUUUCGUCUCUCUGGAUCGACUGAUUCCACCUCGUCCCGACAAUCAGCCAUGCCCGUGCUGCUUCGCUUUGGAUGCGCCGACUGCCAUUCGAAGUGACGGCAAUCAGAUAACUUGGAACCGAAGAGAGUCUGUCAUUUGCCUGCGCAGAAGUAUGAGAGACAUGGAAGUCUCGACAAUAUCCGGCUGCCAAAUAUGCUCUGUUCUUUUCGAGAUAUUGAUAUUCUUUGGCUUGGACCCCCGAGACGACGGCAGUGUCCGCAACAUAGAGUUGAGAAUUCCAACGGAUCUGGGAAACUUGGGAAUAUCCUUCUAUAACUCUUGGACUGAACUCUAUGUGCAAGUAUAUAUGUCCCCCCACGAGAGGACAUGGAAUCGAAUUAGGCCAUUGCCAGACAUUUGCGCAAAUCAGCUGUCAGACGAGGGUCUGUCAUUCGUCAGGUCUUGCCUACAAACAUGCCUCAACAAGCAUACCCUCUGCCAGCAGAGUGAAGGUGGCCUGCCGGCUCGACUUCUCGAUGUAGGCCACUGUGGUGACAGCGCUAUACGGCUUGUUGAGACCGAGAGCGCUGCUUCUGUUAAGUACAUCGCUCUUAGCUAUUGUUGGGGCGAUAAUGUUACGGUGAAGACAACAUUGGCUGGCCUAGAGAACAUGAAAUCGGGUAUCAGUAUCUCGGAGCUUCUGCAAGCGUACGUCGAAGCUGUCGCCUUGACCCGAGAGCUUGGGAUUCAGUAUCUCUGGAUUGAUUCAUUGUGUAUUAUCCAGGAUAGUCACGAAGAUUGGGUGAAAGAAUCCGCAAAGAUGUCCGGCAUCUAUGCCAAAGCUUAUCUCACAAUUGCGGCAGCGUCGUCAGGGUCGGCGAAUCAACCUUUCCUUCGUCACAGUCUUCGAACUGGGUCGCAUCAAGACAAAUACUACACGCGAGUGUUCAGCAAGCGGGUAGUCGACGGAGAAGGCUCCCAUCUGCUCAAAGCCAGAGUCAUUCCUGAAUCCGGUGUCCACUCCAAGUGGCAGGACUGCUUUGAUGAGCGUUUUCCAAGAGAGCCAUGGUCACAGCGAGGAUGGACUCUGCAGGAGCAGCUGCUAUCAACACGCCUGCUAUCCUUUUCUCUUACAGAAAUGCAGUGGACUUGCCAGGAGGCUGUGUUGUGCGAAUGUCGCUCCAAACUGAAUCACCGUCGCCUGUUUGGUCAGAAGCCUGUUUUUCAGAUAACACGAGCUUUUGAUGCCUUCCGGUUCUGGCACAAGGUCGUUGAGAACUAUUCUAACCGGCUUCUAACAGAUCCGCAUGAUAAGCUGACAGCAAUAUCUGGAAUUGCCGCAAUCUUACAGCAGAAAACUCAGUCCCGCUAUGCCGCAGGCUUAUGGGCGGACAACAUCGACAUGGAUCUCCUGUGGCGAAGGGCUACCCCAGCAACUAAACUACCUCGAUCCGGGUUCAUAGCUCCGUCUUUCUCUUGGGCUUCGAUCGAUGGUGAGGUUGAUUAUUGCUGCUUCAGGAAUGGCAAACGGUCGUACCAGAAGAGUGCAUCAGUCGUGGCCGUUGAGACAAAUUCCAGUCGCGAAGCUCCUUUGGGACGCGUAGAGAGUGGACGACUUACUAUCCACGGACCGCUCAUUCCAGGAUUUAUGGAGGACUCGUCUCAUAAUGGGGUGUUUGUUGUUAGGUUAGGUCGGAUCAGGUUAGACUUAGUCGCUGACGCCCCUCUUCAGCAAACAAUAGCGAAAGGACCAGAUGGUAGUUUAGAGAGAACCGUUUGCAGAUGGAGUCCACGGCAUUUUCCCCAGAACUUAUCAACUGACAACCGAGGAUAUCCGAGCAUGGAAGGGUCAGGGAGGUCUGAUCAACUACCUGUUACCACUACGAGCACAGGUACCCCCAGUUCCAGAACUCGAUGCUGGGCUCUCAAACUGGGUUGUUUUCCAUCCACAUUAGAGCCAGAAUCUCCACAAAGGCAGGAUCACGAGUUGUUGAUACUAGGCAAGUCGCCGAGCAGGCCAGGGGAUUUUGAGAGGCUUGGACUAGUCACAUAUUGUAUUGAAGAGGGACGAGGUUCAACAAGUAUAGAAUUAAGCGAACGAGAACAUGUAGCCACCGUCACUUUAGCAUAAAUUAGUUUAUGACGUAAAUAACGCGGCUACUGCGCUGGUAUAAAGUUCCAAGUUAGGCCGGAGAUAGCUCAGUAUUGAAGCUUCAUUCAGUUUA